CGGGCGCCGCCGCUGCUGCUGCGCGGCCCGGGGGGGGCGGCCCGGAGAGCCCCGCACCGCAGCGGCCGGAGCCGGCCCGGAUCCAGCUCUGACGGGCACAGGCUGGCAGCGGGGCCGGCGCUGCCCGCCCGGAGGCCAGGACCAUGCUGGCGUGUCUGCAGAGGACCCAGAACCCCCCAGCCCAGCACCUCGCCUGCCCCAACAAGGCGCUGGAGCCGCGCAAGUGCGAGACGGCGGCACCGAUGCAUUCCCCGCGCUACCCCAGCCCCGCCGAGCUGGAUGCCUACGCACAGAAGGUGGCCAACAGCCCGCUGACCAUCAAGAUCUUCCCCACCAACAUCAGGGUCCCCCAGCACAAGCACCUUAACCGGACGGUCAAUGGCUACGACACCACGGGGCAGCGGUACAGCCCCUACCCCCUGCACGCCGGCGGCUACCAGGGUCUCCUGGCCAUCGUCAAAGCCUCCGGCAAAAGCGUGGUGAAGAACUCGGAGGGGAAGCGGACUAAGCUCUCGCCCGCCCAGGUCGGCGUCGCUCCCUACCCCGCGUCAAGCACUUUAGCUCAAGGUCCCUCCUGCGCCGGGCAGCUGAGCUACCACGGUGGCCAGAAGCAGCUGGAGGGUCCCGUGCCCCCCAACGUGACGGUGGCAGCCUCCGUGCUGCCGCUGGCGGGCAGGAGCCUGGCGCUGCCGCCGUCCAACCUGCCCUCCAUCCAGAGCAUCAUCUACCAGAUCAAUCAGCAGUGCCAGGCGCAGGGCGCGCAGCCGGGCUGCCCGGCCGUGGUGGCCGCCAACCCCAGCCCGGCCAAGCACGGCGCCUUCACCGGUGCCUACGCCGGCGCCGUGCUGCCCGAGUGCCGCAAGGGCGCCGAGCUGGCGCUGGGCUCCAACCCGACCGCGGCCCUGGCACCCAAGGCGGGGGUGUACCCCGAGGGCAUGGACUACCUGGUGUGGCAGCAGAAGCAGCAGCAGCAGCAGCACCUGCGCGUGUACAGCGGGGGCAGCGGGGGGGCCCUCAGCAAGUCCCCCGAGACGUGCGCGGCUGCGUCGCGGCCCUACGCGCUGGGCGGCGCGGCCGAGAAAGUGAGCUCGUCCCCAUUGAACUGCAUGCACGGCAACUUCUCGGUGGGGCAAUACUUCGCCCCUCCUUGGAACAGCAUCUUGGUGACCCCCAACAGCGACUGUUACAACCCGCCGGAGCUGGGCGCCGGGCCCCGCGAGCUGGGGGUGCCCCCGGGCGAGGGGCUGCCCAGUAAGACCCUCUGCAAUACCUCCAUCCUCAGCAGCAGCCUCCAGUCCCUGGAGUAUCUCAUCAACGACAUCCACCCGCCCUGCAUCAAGGAGCAGAUGCUGGGCAAGGGCUACGAGACCGUGUCUGUGCCAAGGCUCUUGGACCACCAGCACGCCCACAUCCGCCUGCCCGUCUACAGAUAAGGAACCGAUGCUGCUUUUCCCAAAGCCAGGGCGAGGAUCCCGGCGCGAGCCGCGCUCCCCUCCGGCACCGCGCGGGGCCCGGACCGCGGCAGCCAUGGUGGCAGGGGGACGGGGAUGGGGACACACGGGGUCGGCUGCCGAAAGGGCUCCCGGGACACUGGCAUUUCCCCGGGGUCCCCAGACUGGAUUCACCCGCAUCCCGCCGGGAGGACCAAGGACCGCUUGUCUAUCUCUAUAGCUCAGAAAUCAGUUUUAUCUCCACGAAUGUGAACAGGGAAUCGCUACGAGUUGCUGCUAUCCAGGGAGAGGAGGCUCCGACCCUGCGGGCGCCCGGCUGGGUCCGUGCGGGGCAGAGCCCCCGUGCCGGGCUCACCGCAGCCGGUCCCAGCCCGGUGCCCGCAGGGAGCCGGCGCCUGACCUGUAGCUGAAGUCCGUAACUUGCACUGCUUUGAUUAAAGCUAAUAACUGGGGACAGUCUGGAGGCUGUUUAAGAGAAAACCACUUGAAACUUGAACAGAUUGUUUUGUUCUCCGAGUUCUGUUAUUUUUUUGUAGUGACUAGGCUGUACAUCUACGUGUUGGCUGCUACAGAGUCUCCUCACACCCCUCUUCCUCCUCCUCCUCCUCCUCGCCCGGCCCCGCGUUGGCCACUGGCUCCUAUUCCCGUUCAACCAGGGGGUUCAGUACCCCCUCCCCAGCCCCUUUCCCACCCCAGGUCUCACACUUCCAGGCUGUUCCAUUUCCCCCUUUACUGUCAGUUCUACCUUGGUGCUGGGUUAGAGGUGACCGCGGUACCGGGGGCACUCGCAUACCUCCUCCUUUUCUCUUUUCAGUUCCGAACCGCUCAUUAGGGUCCGUUCUUCAUUACGUGUAAUGACAUCUUUAAUAGUUACUCAUUCAAAAACAGCUCCACACCACAGAGUACAAAGUGUUUUCGAUGUCUAAUGGAUAAAGAAGGAAAACUACCCCGAUGAAGCCCAAGGUGAUUGUGCUCGGAAGAGAGGUACUGUAUCCCUGAAAGGCCUGUUCAAGCACUAAGUGCAUUUACAAAUCUCUGAGAAUGUUUUUUCUUUUAUACUAAAAUUGACCAUUAUAUUCUACUGUGAGAAGUGCUGCUGCACUUAUAUUGUUUUAAAUACAAAUGAAGAAAAGAUAAAAAAAAAAAAAAAAGAAAAGAAAGAAACACAAAACCCACAAGCCGUGUGUCCGGAUGGUGUUUUUCCCAAAGUAAAGCCAGGAUAUCGCUGGA